AUGCCGGGAGAUUCCUGUACACAGUUCCGAUUUGCUGAUGAGAAAGAAUGGGAUAGAGAAAGCAUAUGCCAUAAGCAGUUAUCUGCCCUUUCUGUUGACUGCCAGUCAUUGGCCCAGGCCCUUCAGGAAUUGCCUCUGCAUCUGAGGCUGAAUGUGGCUGCUGAACUCGUGCAGGCAUCAGCACCUGUAGAGCUCCCACAGUUGAAAUCUAAACUGGCUCAAGACAGCAAGAGGAGAGAGCUGCUGUUCCGACAGCCUCUGGCUCAAAGUGGAACGGUGUUGGUCUCCCAUCCUGUUGGUGAUUCUGUUGCUCCACCAGAGCCUGGAAGUAAAAAUGGUCCUAGGGCAGGUGCAGCAGAACCAUUUCAGAGAGACCAUCCACUGUCAAAGCAAGAGACUGACCAUUUGGAUGAAGAACUGGAUCUUCUCCUAAAUCUAGAUGCUCCCAUUGAUACAGAAAACAGACCUGUGUCAUCUGCAUUAUCCUACAAAAUAUCAACUGAGAAAGAUCUGCAAAUGGAUUGUAAAGAAGAUGACCCUUUAAAACUAGAUGUGCCUGAAGAGAAGAGUACAGCACCACAGCAACAACAAAGUGCAUCUAAAAAUGUUACUGAGGAGGAGCUUGAAGAUUGGCUGGACAGCAUGAUUUCCUGA